CCCUCUACCGGCGCGCGCGCCAAGUUUCAAAGCCCUUCCCUACGAGUCCAGGAAGAAGUGGCUUCUGUAUUCAAAGGGAGUUUGAAUGGUUGUUGGGCCCUCGCUUUUGGGGCCAAAUGUAAGGGCUUAAGGAGAUAUAAUACCAGGCCCGCAUUAUCAACAUAUCCGGACAAAACUUUGUUCCGAAGAAGGUGGUAUCUCUGCCUGUUAACUCAAAAGAAGAGCAAUUGAAGGUUCAAGGGACAAAGUUUAGCUGAUGUGGAGACAGACGAGAGAUCCAUUUCAUCAUUGAGUGCUUUUAGAAUGUUUAGUUAUGUUAGACUGGUAACAAGAUUUUAUGGUUAAAAUUUGUUAUGGGGGUGGGUGUCUUGCUUAAGUCUACAUAUUUCCUGUAGCUUUUAUUUGUUCGCCGUGUGAAACGAAAGUGAGUUAUAAACACCCCCACAAGAAGAAUAAUUAGAUAGUUUAAAGUAAUAUAUAUUGUAAAAGACUGCAGCUUUGGACCACUGGGUAACACGUGCAUUCAGAGAGUGGGAUGUUUAGGCGAAGGGGUUUGUAUGAAUAAUAUUGCAGGCCUGGUAAAACCCGGGAGCCUUCUUAUUCCAAUGUGGUAUGGUAUUUUAGCCAGCUCUUCCAGAGAGUGAGGAGGACUGGUCAAAAUGGCACGCUCUCUUGUAGUAUGCCUUCUACUUUUACGGGCUAGGUUAUGAUUUAUAGUAAAUCUUUUCUCUGUUUAGUCGCAUUUUUUUAAUAAUUGUGUACAAGCAGUUUUAGUUAUAGAGAUGUGUUAUCCAGCGUCUGUGCGGUUUCUUGCAUAAAAGUUUGUUAAUCUCAUCUGUAGAUAGAACUGUCAGUGGCAGAAACAGUGUGAUUCUCUGUCUAUAAAAAUAUUCAAGACAGUAAAACGGCGUUUAUUUGCAUUUGAGUGAUGGUGGCAUUAGUCUUGGUACUUAAUGUUUGAAUGUAGGCUAACUAGUGAAGAUGAGCGUAAUCCGCAAGCUCAUGAUAAAACCUUUUGCAGACGUGGAAGACUUGUAUACUACAUGUACAUGUUACACAGUCUGUAGAGAAAGUUUGGAAUUCUUUUGAAGGGAUAGCAGGUUUCCAGUACAGAUAACCAAAUCAAAAACAAACUUGAGAAGAAAGGGUUGACUUUGAGAGAAACAAACCCUUAUUGGAUACAUUAUGAUUUUUUAAAUUAUACCAAGAUUAACAAUUUUAUGCUGGUGUUGCAGGCAUUUUAUUGUCAUUUGGUUUUUCAGCCUCCUGUUUAGUUGCAAUGCAAGGUUAGUGAGGUAGUUGGUAAGAUUUGCAGGUUUCCGUGAGAGAGUGUUUUUCUCCUGUUAUCCUUGACAACUGAUGUAUAUUGUGAUAAGGUUAUGAUGCUUUCAGAGGUGCAGCCUUGUUUUCAGCUGUUGAGAAUUUGGCCAAACCCAGAGCUUGGUUCAUCCAGUCCUGCCUCCCAAGACUUGUACACGUUUCGUCCAGUGAGUGCAAACUGUGUGUUUCGAUUGGGCCGUCGUGAGGAUUUGUGUGAUGUAACACUGUUGUCUGAAAAGUGCCCUGAGUUAAUUUCCAGGAUUCAUGCAGAACUCCAUGCUGAAAGAGAUGAAGAUUCUCCUACCACAGAUUGGAAUGUAUCCAUUGUUGACAGAAGCACUCAUGGGACAUAUAUCAACAACAUUAGGAUAUCUAGAAACCAGAGAGUGGAGCUUUCUGACAGUGAUAUGGUUACCUUUGGUCUGUGCGAUUCCAACCAAAUCCCUGAAGGGGCAGAAGCUAUCCAGCCAAAGUCGGAGUUCUGUUUCCUGUUUCAGAAAGUAUGGGUUCGUCCAGAUGAAUUUGAUGCCAUCACUACACCAAAGGCACAGACCUCGUGUGGAUUCCGACCGGUCUCAGCAUCUGGAAAAUGCCUUAAGCCUCAAAUGGAUAGACAGGAUUUUGCAAAUGCAACUAGUUCACGAGCAACAGUUAUCUUAAAUUCCAUUGGCAGCAUCAGCAAGUUCAAGUCACAGCCUUUGACAUUUCACCCUAAAAGUCAAAAUCAUCCGGAUGACAGGACAGAGUCUACAGGAAAGUUAAAGUUUUCCUUGUCUUGUAGCCAAAAAACUGAAAGACUGACUGACACUGCAUCUGUCUCUCCCAACAAACAGAGGCCAGUUUGCCAAAGCAAGACAUCACGGAACCGUCGAAAGUCUGCACACACUGUGCUUCCAGAGCUGGAGGAUGAGAUUCAACGAUUUUCAGAAGAAGUGCAACAUAAAAGACAGUGCAAGUCUGAAUCUGAUAUUGAGCUACAUUUGUAUAGUCCAUCCCGUAAGAGGGAAAGGGAUCUAAAUGAAGAGGAGGAGAAUCCGCACAAAAGACAGAGAAGAGAAACGAGGCAAACUGAUGGUCACACAGAAGGAGCUGCAAAAGGACCAUUCACCCCAACAGGGAAACGACGUGGAAGACCACGUAAAACUCCCCUUGGUGAUGUAUGCAAAGUCUUCUCCCAGACGCUGUAUGCCAUGGAGCAGUGCGCUGCUGAGCGUUGCCACCUUCCACAGGAUGACACAGUUGAAUGGGUGCAGUGUGAUGACUGUGAUGCUUGGUAUCAUGUAGCUUGCGUCGGCUGUAACUACAGUGCUGUAAAAGAAGCAGACUUCCACUGUGGCUGCACGUAAAAGCGAGGGACUGUGGAAAGCAUUUUUGGCCUUCAGCCCCCCCCCAGCUGCUAUUAGCUAUACCUAGUUUCCUACUAGUUCAAAUCUACAGAUUGAAAGAAAAUUGUCCAGAAACAAUGCACCUGCCAUAUACUGGCUUCAAGGAAUGAAAAUAUAUCUUGAAUCACCUGAAUUUUCAAAAGGCAACAAAUAAAAUAUCCUGUGAUGCACAGUUUCCUCUUCAGCAGACUCCAUAUGCCUCUGUCAAAAGUUUUUCACUCCAUUGCUCAAGGAUCCUAUUUCUGGUA